GAGUCGCUCCGCACGCUCCCGCACGCACCCGCACGCACAUGACAGCUCCGUGAUAACAGGCGGCACGACGCGAACGCAUCUGUGGGGCAUUUCUGUCGCGUGUUUCCGUUUCUCCAGGAGGAUUUUACCUUUUCUCUGAUUUUUUUGAUUUUUCCUCUCACCUGCUCCGGGUGAAGAUGCCAGCUGACACUAUGGAAAAGCAGACCGCGUCUCCCAUUGCGGGGGCUCCCGCAAACGGAACUCACACUCCGGACAAGCCAAAAAACGCCAGCGAGCACAGAAAAUCCUCUAAACCGAUCAUGGAAAAACGGCGGAGAGCAAGAAUAAACGAGAGCCUCGGGCAGCUGAAGACGCUCAUCCUGGACGCCCUGAAGAAAGAUAGCUCCAGACACUCCAAGCUGGAGAAAGCAGACAUCCUGGAGAUGACAGUGAAGCACCUGAGGAACCUGCAGCGCGUGCAGAUGAGCGCAGCGCUCUCAGCGGACGCCACGGUCCUCAGCAAGUACAGAGCCGGAUUCAACGAGUGCAUGAACGAGGUCACGCGCUUCCUGUCCACUUCGGAGGGGGUGAACACGGAGGUGCGGUCGCGGCUCCUGAGCCACCUGUCCGGCUGCAUGGGCCAGAUGAUGUCCAUGAACUACCCGCAGCAGGCCGCGUCCCAGCAGGCGCACCUGGCGCAGCCGCUGCACGUGCAGCUCCCGUCCACGCUGCCCAUCAGCGGAGCCGCGAUGGGCUCCAAGCUCAGCCCCGCCGAGGCCGCGUCCCCCAAAGUGUUCGGGGGCUUCCAGCUGGUGCCCGCCACCGACGGACAGUUCGCCUUCCUGAUCCCCAACCCGGCCUUCGCCUCCGCCACGGCGCCCGUCAUCCCGCUUUACGCGAACGCAGGAGUGCCGGUGGCGGUGAACGCCAGCCCGGUGCACGGCAGCUCGGCGCCCACCGCGGCGUCCCCGGUGCACGGCAUGACAUCCUUCUCCGGGGGGUCGCAGGCGGUCAGCCCGGUGGGAGUGAGCACGGGCUCGGAGAGCAGCGAGCCGGUGUGGCGGCCCUGGUAGCGCUCGCGCUGCGGCUCGCGCUGCUUCUCCAGACUGAACUGCACAAACUGUUGCGGGCUCGAACCUGUGACCGUAGGAUGGUAACUCUAACCACUUAACGCCCAUCCAGUGUUUUUGUUUCGUUUUAUGGAACACGAGUGGCCUUUAAAUGGCGCGUUUUUGUUUUGUUUUUCAUAUAACUUAUUGAUUCCAAUAUUUGGAAAUCGGUGGAAAACAUGCAGAUGGAAAAAAAAUUUAAAAGAUUUUUUUGCUAUGAAGUACUUUUUUAUGAAAAGGUUUAGUUUUGUACAGACGUGUCAUUGAUUGUUUAUACCAAAGCGGUGUUUUAUAUUCUUUGUUGUUUUGUGUUCAAAAGAGAAAAAAACUGAAGUUGGGUCUUGACCCCUUGUUUUAAUAAAUGAGAUUUCAAA